GGUUUGAUCUUGGGUAGACAGAAACACCAUCAUGCUGGGACAAUGUGUGACUACAAUACAUCAGCUCGUGGGAAUGAAGAUGAAACCAUGCUUCAAUUUACACAGGAAACUGACAAGUUUGCAUCGUGCAGAGGGUGCAGUACGGUGGAGGAGCAGUUGUAGACCAGCCCCUCUGUUGACAGCUGCUCCUGUCCGUGCUCUCAUAGAUGAACAGAUCAGCAUUAAAGGACACUUCCUGCCCCCGAGCAGUCCAGUUACAGUGUGUGCACGAAUGCACAGUGAGGAUGGUGACCUGUGGGAGGCCUUCGCACAUUAUAAUACAAAUACCGAUGGCACUGUCAACUUGACCAGGGAUCAUUCUGUUGGGGGUUCAUAUGUGGGCUGUGAAUCAAUGGGACUCUUCUGGGGACUGCAGCCGUCUCCUGGAGCACGAGAAGGUUUGAGAUUGCGGAAAAAAAACGUAGCUACUCCAUACAUCACGYACAUUUCAGUACUGGAUGGGCAUGUGUCAGCCAGUGAGACACAGGGUGCUGAGCUGGCAGUUGUAACUGCUGAGCGCUGGUUCAUGGCACCAGGUGUAAGAAGAAUAGAGAUUCGUCAAAACGCACUUGUAGGGACGUUAUUCUUGCCCCCUGGUCCAGGUCCAUUUCCAGCCAUGUUGGACCUGUGGGGAAUGGGUGGAGGACUGGUGGAGUACCGCUCUGCUCUGUUUGCUUCCAGAGGCUACGCCAGCUUGUCUCUUGCCUACAUAGGGCACAAAGAAUUACCUGGCCCACAGAACUGCAUCAAUGUUGAUGAUUCAUAUUUCAAGUCAGCCUUCCACCUGCUGCAAGAUCAUCCUCAGAUCUGUGCCGACAGAGUUGGGAUCAUCGGUCUGUCAUUUGGAGUCUACCUGGCUCUUCGAACUGCCACUCAGACUGAUGUCAAACCGUCCUGUUUGAUUUGUAUCAACGGACCAGUAGGAAGUGUCAUGAAACUCCCUGAUGCAGAUGGCAGGACUGAAUACCUUGAAAGUGACCACACAUAUUGGACGAUCAAUGAUCAAGGCUUUCUCACUUUCAAAGAGGUCUCCUUGCCUGCUAAUCUUUAUCCUGGGAGCAUUGUGAAGAUAGAGAACCUCACCUGCCCAUUAAUGUACAUAGAGGGAGAAGAUGACCUGAAUGCUGCGAGCAGGGAGAAUGCAAAUCUGAUCGAGGAAACCCUGAGGGCCACAGAUAAAUCUCACCUGUUCACUCAUUUGUUGUACCCCGGUGCUGGUCACUUGAUUGAACUGCCUUACUCUCCAAAUUCAAGAACUUCCCUGAUGAGAGUCAAUUCAGAAAUAUUAGUCGCAGUAUGGGGAGGUCAACCUGCACUUCAUGCAGCAGCACAGGAACACUCCUGGAAGAAGAUCCUAGAUUUUUUGGAAAACAAUCUGAGACGAUGAAUCUGUGAUGAAGGGGACUUUUGAGAUUAAAAAAAAUACAUCCUCAUGUAUGUGAGUGUGAAAUACUG